AUGGGUAAAAUGAAAGGUAAAGGAAGUUCAAAAUCUAAAAAAGAAACAUCAGCUAAAGUCCACAACAAAACAAAUUCUAAAUUAUCAAAGAGGGGAAAACUGAAGAAGGGUAAAGUAAAGAAGAAGAGAAAAGAAAAUGACAUGUCUAUGAGAAAUAUAACUAGAACAGAACCAGCUAGAUUUAAACGCAAUGAAACAUUAGAAAGUGAUGGAGAAGAGAGACAUGAUGAUAAUAUGGUAGAAGAUUCUGAUUAUAAAUAUUUCACUACACCUGGAAGAGAUUUUUCCUUCUUAUCACAAAUCAGUCUAAACACAACAGAAACUAAGAAACGUAAGAGGAAAAGAAAUAAUGAAGAUGAAAGUGUAGAUUAUGAACAAGUACCAAGAAAACUAUUUGCUGGUAAUGAUAUGCGUCAUCUUCUACCAAUUAAAGAUAAAGGAAGGGUUAUAGAACAAGUUGUACCAAAGACAGUAAAAGUUGUUGAAGAAAUAAAGGAUGAAGUUGAACCAGAAAUUCAAGAAGAAAAUUUACCUCCAAUGUCUAAUGUAGAAAUUUACGUGAAGAGAAAGAGAACUUUGUCAGAAAUGAAAGAAAAAAUAGCAACGUAUUGUCGGUCAAUAUUAGCUAAUCCAGAGGACAAUUUGAAGAAAUUAAAAGAGUUACGUUUAAUGUUAUCAAGUAGUGAUAUAUCUAGUACUGUACAUAAAUUAAUAGUAGUAUCAUUAUUAGAGAUAUUUAAAGAUUUAAUACCAAGUUACAGAAUACGUGUACUAGCUGAUAAUGAAAAAGAACAUAUGUUGAAGAAAGAAACCAAGAAAUUAAUGGAUUAUGAAAAUCAAUUUUUAGCUCAUUAUAAACAUUACAUAGAACAUUUACAGAUAGCAGUUAGACGUUUUAAGAAUUGUAAAUAUAAACAUUUAAAAGCAUUACCAGAUAUCUGUAAACAGAGUUUAUUUGAAAUAUCUGUUAAAUGUUUAGCUGGACUGUUAGCUAGACAUCCACAUUUUAAUUACCGUAAAGAUUUAAUACAAGUUGUUAUACCUUUCUUGAACCAUAAAAAACCUGAGUUAUCAACGUAUGUAUGUGAAUGUAUAGUAUCUGUUUUUAAAAAUGAUAAACUUGGUGAAUCCACAUUAGAGGUUGUAAGGGCAAUUGGUAAAUUCAUCAAAUCAAAAGAUUUUACAAAUAUACAACCUAAGGUUUUAGAAACUUAUUUAAGUUUACGUAUUAUUGAUGUAGAAAAGUUAAUAGCUGAAACUGCUCCAAAACAGGAAAAAAAGAAAGCUGAAGAAAUGUCUAGAAAAGAGAAAAAGAGAAAGAAGAAAAUGAGAGUAUUAGAAAAUGAAUUAUUGGAAACUAAAGCUACAGAAGAUAAAAAUAAGAAAUUAAAAUUACAUACAGAAAUAAUAGAAACAGUAUUUCACACCUAUUUCCGAAUAUUAAAAUCAGCUACCAAUUCACCUCUAUUACCUGCUGUGUUAGAAGGAUUAGCCAAAUUUGCCCAUCUGAUCAAUAUCCAGUUUUUCAAUGAUUUGUUUAUUGUUUUAAACAAGUUAAUAGAUUCUGGAGAUUUAGGUUAUAGAGAGAUAUUACACUGUGUUCAAUCAGCUUUUACUAUAUUAUCUGGUCAAGGUUCAGCUUUAAACAUAGAUCCUAUGACAUUUUAUAGACAUUUAUAUAGCAGUUUAUUACAAGUUCAUAGUGGAUCAUCUAGUAAUGAUAUGUCUAUUAUAUUACCAUGUCUGUAUAUUAUUAUCAUGAAGCAGAAACGUAAGUUAUCUCAACAAAAAGUCUUGGCAUUUAUGAAAAGAUUAUGUAGUAUAAGUUUACAACAGUUACCUAAUGGUGCUUUAAGUUUACUGGCAGCUGUCAAACAAUUUCUUCAUGCUUAUUCAUGUUCAGAUCAUCUAUAUGAUAAUGAAUCACAAGGUAGUGGUAUAUUCUUACCAGAAUUAGAUGAACCAGAAUAUUGUAAUGCACAUACAACUAUGAUGUGGGAAGUACAAUUAUUACGUCGUCACUAUGAUCCUGAUGUUAAAGUAUAUGCUAGACAUUUAUCAUAUCAAGCUCCUACUACUGGUACAGGUCAACUACCUACAUAUUUACUCAGAAAAAAUCCCGAAGAAUUGUAUAAUGAAUAUAAACAUCUCCAAGCUUCUAAUAUUAUGGAUAAAUUAAAACCAACAAAUAAAGGAUACAAACAGAAAAAGGUGAAAAGAAGAAUAGAUGAUUAUAAAGCCAAGGGAUUCAAAGAUUAUAUAAAUACAGUAGUAAAUGAUGUACCUGAUGAUAUUGACUUUAAAAAGCUUAUAUCAACAGAUAGCUAA